AUGGCAUAUCAUUCCUAUUACUCAUCAGGAAGAACAGAAUUCUCUGUUCCAACAAUAAUUCAACCUAUGAUAACACCAGCUGUCAACGGAAAUCCUGCGAACAAACAAACAGUUGCGUCCAGUUCUUUCAACUACCAUCAUCUUUCUCCCACAGCUACUAAAGCAAAGUCUUUCAAUCCCAGUUUCUCGGGAUCAACAUUUCAUCCUUCGCCAUCCAUGAUGCCUUCUGGUGCCUUUGAUUCCGAGUCAGAGAGAUCCUACAAUCCUGCACCUACAGUGAAGCUGGAAAACGAAGAUCUUUGGCAAGUAUUUCAUAAACACGGCACUGAGAUGGUCAUAACAAAGGCUGGAAGGAGAAUGUUUCCGGCUGUUAAAAUUCGAAUUUCUGGACUCAAUCCCCGAACAAAAUAUAUUGUACUGUUGGAAAUUAUUCCGACAGACGAUUGUCGUUAUAAAUUUCACAACUGUCAUUGGUCCAUUGCUGGUAAAGGCGAUCCAGAAAUGCCCAAACGCAUGUACGUCCAUCCAGAUUCACCGAGCGCUGGCGCUCAAUGGAUGCAGAAAGUUAUAUCUUUUCAUAAAAUGAAACUCACAAACAACGUCAACGACAAAGACGGUUUUACAAUACUUAAUUCAAUGCACAAAUACAAACCACGUGUCCAUGUUGCUAAAUGUGAAGACGUGUACAGACUGCCUUGGAGUCCAUAUCAAACAUACGAGUUUCCUGAAACCGUUUUCUUUGCAGUCACGGCUUAUCAGAACGAGAAGAUAACGAAACUGAAAAUCGAUAACAAUCCAUUUGCCAAAGGAUUUCGUGAAAAUGGAGCAGGUCAAAAACGAAGGACUCAAGAAAAGAGGUUCUUGGUUAAUUUAUUUGUUUCCUCUGGUGCAUGUUCUCAUUUCGUGCAUAUUGUAGUAAACUGCAGACAUUAG